GGGUACUGAAAGAAAUUUGCUCCUUGCAUUUGAUUUCUUUAUUAAUGACUUUUCAAUCUUUUUCUUUUUAAUCAAUUUAUAGUUUCUUUUCAACAUUCAAAAAGCCAAACUUUACCAAACACGUUUCCAUCUGGAAACAAGUAUGCAGUUUCAGUUAGUUUCCACGCCAGCCGACUGGUAAACUUCCCUUGUUUACAUUAGCUUCUGUCUGUCUGAACUCUCAAGUCAAACGUCAUAGUUUCCAACGUCACCUCCAUAUCUCUGUUUCCCCCCCGAAACAGGCAAAUUUUUUUUAAAAUAAAAAUUAAAAAUCGAUAAAAUAACUCGGACCGAAGACCAUUUCAAUGGGCCAUCUCCUUCCUCAGCAGUGGGUAAAACCCCAUAAUACAUACCCAGUUUCACUAAAACCCACACGCAACUCCAGCUACCGUCUCAUUAGGAAUCCAUGCCCGGGAAUCUCUAUCAAAUGGACCCGCAAUCGGCGGCUGAAAAGGCCGUUUCAGUUAUCGGUUUCGGAUUCGACUUGUGCAGGGAUGUCAGGCUAUCCGCCUGCCUGCCUGGCCCUUCCGGCUCCAGAUUGAUCGAACUUGACUCAGCAGCGACUCGGGACCUGGUUUUUCCUGAUGGAGUUGUUGUAAAAGAUGUUCCCAAUUCGAUUAAAUACGAUAAAGGCGAGCGUACCAGGUUUCGUUCUGAUGUUCUUUCUUUUAGCCAGAUGUCAGAGAAGUUCAAUCGGGAUCUAUCAUUAUCCGGCAAGAUUCCUUCCGGCCUAUUCAAUGCCAUGUUCGAGUUCAAAGGCUGCUGGCAGAAGGAUGCCUGUGCCGCGAAAGGUCUUGCCUAUGAUGGUUGGUUCUUAACACUGUACAAUGUUGAGUUGGAAAGAACAAACAUAACUUUGUCCGAGCGUGUGAAACAAGAGGUGCCUACUACAUGGGACCCUGCUGCCAUUGCUGAGUUCAUUGAAAAAUAUGGUACUCACGUUGUUGUUGGGGUUAAAAUGGGAGGUAAAGAUGUUAUACAUGUAAAACAAUUACAAAAUUCAAAUCUUCAGCCCAAUGAAGUGCAGAAAACUUUAAAGCAAUUAGCUGAUGAGAGAUUUUCAGAAAAUAUAGGAACUUCUCCAUUCUCGGAAAAACCAAAGGGAGAACAUUAUAUUCCCGGGCAACUUCAUCAAGGGGUGCUCGCUGGAUCAAUGAGGCCACCUGUUGUCACUUGCUCAAAGAAUAAUGACAUUAUGAAUAUCUAUAUUCGUAGGGGAGGCAUUGAUUUCGGUCAAAGUCAUAGCCAGUGGCUGUCAACAAUAUCGCAGUCACCAAAUGUCAUAUCAAUAUCCCUUGUGCCUAUUACUUCUCUACUGAGCUGUGCCCGGGGAAAUGGAUUUUUAAGCCAUGCAGUGAACUUGUACUUACGAUAUAAACCACCGAUAGAGGAACUCCAUGUAUUUCUCGAAUUUCAAAUACCUCGACAAUGGGCUCCCGUAUACAGUGAUCUGCCUCUUGGUCUCAAGCACAGAAAACAAUCAUCCCCAUCACUUCAGUUCACUUUUAUGGGGCCUAAGCUUUAUGUUAAUACUGCACGGGUUGAUACUGGAAAACGACCGGUGACAGGAAUACGCCUAUACUUGGAGGGUAAGAAGAGUGACCAUCUAGCAAUCCAUCUUCAGCAUCUCUCAACUCUCCCUACAAUCCUCCCGCUCUCAGAUGACCACAGCUAUGAGUCGAUCGUUGAGCCCGAACGUGGGUAUUUGGAACCUGUCAAGUGGAGCAUAUUCUCGCAUGUAUGCACUGCCCCUGUACACUACAACGGAACCCACUUUGAAUGUACUGCUCCUAUCGUGACCAAAGCUUGGUUCGAGGUAAAGGUUGUUGGGAUGAGGAAAGUUCUGUUCCUGAGGCUUGGGUUCUCCAUGGUGGCCUCUGCCAGGCUUCGUAGACCAGAAUGGGAUGGACCCUCAACAUUGUCACGGAAAUCUGGAAUGUUCUCAAUGUUGAUCAGCACGAGGUUCAGUUCAGGACUGAAUCCAAAUGAGAAGCCGACCAAAGUGGACUUAAAUUCAGCAGUUUUUCCAGGUGGUCCACCUUCACCAACCAAAGCACCCAAAAUGACAAACUUUGUGGACACAAAGGAGAUAGUUAGAGGACCUCAGGAUACACCUGGAUAUUGGGUGGUAACCGGAGCCAAACUCUGUGUAGAAGGUGGCAGAAUUUCGAUCAAAGCUAAGUAUUCAUUGCUAACAGUUAUUUCAGAAGAAAGUCUGAUGUUGAUGUGAGAAAUUUUCGCAUUAUUUGUAUCGCUCUGUAAGUAAAUGUUAUCAUAUACUGUACACCAUUUAUUUGAAUUAUUACCUUGAAUAAUGGAUAGAUAUGUCAAUUGGCCCAAGGCCAUUCAUUCGACAAAUGAAUAUGAAUGCAGUGUUUUUCUUGGUA